GCGGGGGUUUGUGUGCGUGAGCGCGGAUUGGUGGAGAGCGCAGAGGAAGCUUGUUCUUGACAACCAGCGAGCGGCAGGGACAACAAGAGCCUCUCGCCCCGAAACACGGAGGGGGAAAAAAACACUAGACAGUGCGUGUCGACACACCCUCGGUGGACCCACAGAAGAUUUCUGCACUUCGCUUGUAUGUAGAGAUUAUCAGCUUGCCACCAUGACGGCUGAGGAGAUCAUAAACGUGAAGGAAGUGGAGAUCAUCAAGGUGAUGCUGGACUUUCUGAGCUCCCGCAAGCUGCACAUUAGCAUGCUGGCCCUGGAGAAAGAGAGCGGGGUCAUCAACGGCCUGUACUCAGAUGACAUGCUCUUCCUCAGGCAGCUCAUUCUGGAUGGACAGUGGGAUGAGGUGUUGCAGUUUAUUCAGCCUCUUGAGUGUCUGGAUAAAUUUGACAGGAAAAGGUUCCGCUACAUUGUUUUGAAACAGAAGUUUCUGGAAGCUUUGUGCGUGAACAACGCGAUGUCUGCUGAGAAUGAGCCACAACAUUUGGAGCUGACCAUGCAGGAGGCUGUGAAGUGUCUGCAUGCUCUGGAAGAGUUUUGUUCAUCAAAGGAGGACUACAGCAAGCUUUGCCUUCUCCUGACGCUGCCCCGCCUCACCAACCAUGCUGAGUUUAAGGACUGGAACCCGAGCACAGCACGCGUGCAGUGUUUUGAGGAGGCCUGCGGCAUGGUGGCAGACUUCAUUCCCGCUGACCGAAAGCUGAGCGAGGCGGGGUUCCGCGCUAGCUCCAAUCGUCUAUUCCAGCUUCUUAUUAAAGGCCUUCUGUAUGAAUGCUGCGUCGAGUUCUGCCAGAGCAAAGCCACCGGAGAGGAGAUCACAGAGAGUGAGAUUCUUCUGGGAAUAGACAUGCUGUGCGGGAACGGCUGCGAUGAUCUCGACCUAAGCUUGCUUUCUUGGCUCCAGAACCUGUCGCCCAGCGCCUUUUCUUGCGCUUUUGAGCAGAAGAUGCUCAAUAUCCAUGUGGAUCGACUUGUUAAACCUGCCAAGGCCGCUUAUGCAGACCUCCUCACUCCACUCAUCAGCAAGCUCUCCCCGUACCCUGCUUCCCCUCUUCGGCGCCCGCAGUCUGCAGACACCUACAUGUCACGAUCUCUGAACCCAGCGCUGGACGGCCUGUCCUACGGUCUCUCUGGCCAAGAGAAGAGAGCAGCUGGUACGGACGGAGGGAAAACUUCACCCAUGUCACACUCAUUCGCUAAUUUUCAACACCUGAACCGCAGUGUGAUGAUGGAGAAUUCAGGAUGUCACAGCAUCUUUGAGGAGUCACCGGAAAGCUCCAGAACUGAAACUCCAUCUGAUAAAAUGAUGAGCUCACCUGGUCCUCAAAACUCUCGCCCGGUCUCUGCCCCUGGUCAGGAUGCCCCAACCCCUGGUUCUGCAGAGAAGAAUGAGUUGUGGGAAUCCACAGAGCAGUUUCAGGAAUAUUACCGCCAGCGUUUGCGUGUGCAACAACAUCUGGAGCAGAAGCAGCAGCAGCGGGAACUCUACCAGCAGAUGCUGCGAGAGGGCGGAGUCCAGCAACACGAGGCCCCGCCCACCGCCAAGCAAAACCUCACAGAAACCUUCCUUACUAGGUCUAUUCAGAGACUGGAGGAGCUGAAUGUGGGAAUGGAUGAUUUGGGAGAAGAGGUGCAGGCUCUCUCUCAACAGUGUAAUGGAGGCAGUAAUGACAACAGUGUAGCGAGAGACGCCUCCGCCACACCACAGACACAGGAAGAGUGUGGAGGAGCCAGCGAUGUGGUCACCAGCACUCCUCAGAGGUCAGUAGGUCAAGCAGCCUGCCUUCCGCCCAGCCAGUCUCCUGUACUGUCCCAGAGUGCCCAGCUAGACAAAACUGGACAAAAUGACAGCAGUUUGACCUGCUCUAAAGCCCCAGAGAAAGAUAAGUCUAAAGCCAAGUUUGUGAUGGUCAACACCCUGGAGGAUACGCAGGCGGUCCGGGCCGUGGCCUUCCACCCCACAGGGACGUUAUAUGCUGUCGGCUCCAAUUCUAAGAUGCUGCGCGUGUGUGCCUAUCCUGACACGCUGGACACGAGUGGUUUGGGCACGAGUAAACCUCCUGUAAUCCGCUUCAAGAGGAACAAGCAUCACAAAGGCUCCAUAUAUUGUGUGGCCUGGAGCCCCUGCGGACAGUUACUGGCCACCGGCUCCAACGACAAAUACGUCAAAGUGCUGCCCUUCAACCCUGAAACCUGCAAUGCUACAGGUCCUGAUCUGGAGUUCAGUAUGCAUGAUGGGACUAUCAGAGAUCUGGCGUUUAUGGAGGGUCCUGAGAGCGGAGGGGCCAUUUUAAUCAGUGCAGGAGCUGGAGACUGUAACAUCUACACAACGGACUGCCAGAGAGGACAGGGCCUGCAUGCGCUGAACGGACACACGGAUCAUAUCCUGUCUCUGUACACAUGGGGGGGCUGGAUGAUAGCAUCUGGCUCUCAGGAUAAGACGGUGCGUUUCUGGGACCUGCGUGUUCCCAGCUGUGUGAGAGUGGUGGGGACUGCCCUCCACGGCACAGGUGACCUGACGAAGCAGCUGCCGUUGACCGUAGCUGGAGAGCAUGCUGAUAAAGUGAUCCAGUGCAGGUGGCACACACACCACCUCUCCUUCCUGUCCUCCUCGGCUGACCGCACGGUCACACUCUGGACAGAGGCCACGUAG